UCCGUUAGUUCGCAUUCGUGUUUGAAAUUUUGCCGUGAGUGGGUCGGAGCGGAACAGCCACAGCCAGAGCCAAAAGAAAACAAAACAAAAAAAAAAACCACAAUUCGCGCGCGUGCAAAUUCUUUGCCUCUUCCCCCCCCCUCGCUGGUGUAUCAUUGCUUUGGCGAGAGAGGAACUUGUUUUCGGGGCGGGGCGCCAGCCACCACAAUCGUCCGCAAUAGUCAGCGGUCCCGGUCCCCGCGUGCGUGUGUGCAAAUACAAAUGAAAUAAAUAUAUAUAUUUUUUUUUGUUGUUUUUCGAGCCGCUUCAUGAAUGAUUUGCAACCGCGAGCAUUUCCCAUAGAAAAAAAAACACAACAACAACAUCCAAGACCUUAUUACAUCCAAGUGUCGUUGAAAUAUUUAUUUUUUUUGAGUACUGUGCCUGCCGCCUAGAGUUACGACGAUCUGGCCGACAGCCGAGACAUACCAUUAUUCAACGAGAGAGACGGAGACGGAGAGCGGAGUGAUUGGAAACACAUGUGUUUCUUUUUCCCCAUUGGGUUACAACAAUAUGUUUGACAACAAAGUUCCGGCAUUCAAAUUGAAAUUGAAUUAAAAUAAAAUAAAUAAAGAGUCGGAAUCGGAAUCGGAGUUGGAGGCGGAGUUGGAGUCGGAGUUGGACAGACAAAUACUCUGUUUGAAUUGUUAAUGAGCCCACAACAACAACGCAACAAUAAAAAGUGUUAAAUGCUGAUGACGUCGGUGCUGCUCCACCAGUGCUGAAAAGUCAAUUAAAGGCGAAUGUCGGAGUCUAGAAACGAAAGCCAUUGGCAAACUUGGCCAAAGCGUAUUUAGCCUGGAAUAAAAACGGGCACAGCACAGCAGACGAGGAACCAGCAAAACCACCAAUCACCAGAGCGAUAGACAGACACAGACACAGACAGAGACAGGGAGAGAGAGCAGAGACAGACGGCCAGGAAGGAAGGAAGGGUAGGAGGCAGACCCAAAGCCAGACCCAGACCCAGACCCAGUCGAGGGAGGACUGAGAGACAGAGAGAGCCGUGUAAUGAGCAGACGACGGUCGUCGUCGGCCAGGGCAAUUACCAUGUCGCCAUCACCACCGUUGUCGCUGCCAGUUGCUAGCCUGGGACUAAGCCUGGUCCUGGGGCUGCUCCUGGCCUUGCUGCAGCCAACAAAUGGCCUGGCAAAUUGUCCAAAUGGCUGUGAAUGCGAUGACGACACCCUGAUGGUCAACUGCGGCGAGGGGCGGCUGGACGUGCUGCCGAUAGCCCUGAAUCCGGCCAUCCAGCGGCUGGUCAUCAAGAACAACAAGCUGAAGACCAUCGACUCGUCGAUGCAGUUCUACGCUCAGCUGACAUUCCUCGAUCUGUCCUUCAACGACAUGGUGACCAUACCAGAGCGCUCGUUCGCCUACCACGCCAAGCUCCAGGAGCUGCAUCUCAACCACAACAAGAUCGGCCAGGUCUCCAACAAGACCUUCACGGGCCUCUCCACCAUCAGUGUCCUCAAUCUGCGGGGCAACCUCAUCGCCGAGCUCGAGUUUCGCACGUUUUCGCCCAUGGUGCGGCUGGAGGAGCUGAAUCUCGGCCAGAACCGCAUCAGCCACAUCGAUCCGCACGCCCUCGAUGGCCUCGUUAAUCUGCGGGUGCUCUAUCUGGACGAUAACACCCUCACGACCGUGCCCUCGCAGCUGACAUUCCAGGGUCUGCCCAGCCUGGCGGAGCUCUAUCUGGGCACCAACUCCUUCAUGACCAUUCCCGGCGGCGCCUUCCAGGACCUCAAGGGUCUCACGCGCCUCGAUCUGCGCGGCGCGGGACUCCACAACAUCUCCGGGGAGGCCCUCAAGGGCCUGGAGGCGCUGCGCUACAUGGAUCUGUCGGACAAUCGCCUGGCGGCCAUACCAACGGCGGCCCUGCAGCGUCUGGGCCGUCUGGAGCAACUGAGCAUCGGCCAGAACGACUUCGAGGUGGUGGCCUCGGGCGCCUUCGCGGGACUCCGGGAGCUGCGGCAGCUGGAGCUGACGGGGGCCCAGCGACUGAGGCGCGUCGAGAGCGGGGCCUUCACGGCCAACACGAACCUGGAGCAACUGAAUCUGUCCAGCAACAAGCAGCUGAGCGAGCUGCACGCCAACGCCCUGGGCGGCCUGCCGCACCUCAGCUCGGUGAUCCUGAAGGAGAACCAGCUGAGCACCCUGGCCGAGGGCCUCAUCCCCUGGGCCGAUCUGCAGACGCUCGACCUCUCCGAGAACCCCUUCGUCUGCGACUGCCAGCUGAUGUGGCUGCGGAACCUUCUGAUCAGCAAGAACGCCAGCAGCCAGUACGCCCCGGUGGUGUGCGCCUACCCGGCCACCCUGCGCGACCUGCCCCUCGCCCAGCUCUCGGAGCCGCUGCUCGGCUGCACCCACGGGGCGGCCAACAAGCAGGCCAUCAUCGGGAUCUUGGUGGUGGCCUGCGCGGCCCUGAUCACGACCCUGGCCCUGGUGCUGUACACCUGCCGUCGCCGCAUCCGCGAGAUGCUCAAGGGCCACUCGGCCCUGGGCCGCAAGGAGCGCGAAUACCAGAAGACCUUCUCCGACGAGGAGUACAUGACGCGGCCGCCGCCCGGCUGCGGCGGAGUCCAUCCGGCGGCCGCCUAUCCCUGCAGCCAGUCGCAGUAUAUGGGCAGCCGGCCGAUACCAGUGACCGAGCUAUAGCUAGAAGCUCCACCCCCACCUCAGAUGCGGGGUAGGGGUGGCAUCGCCUCCACCACGACCACCACCACCACCACCAGCAGCGGGAGCACAGCGGCACCGCUGCAGCAGCUGCAAGUGCCCAGCCCCGUCGAUCAUGCCGCCGCCGCCUCCUCGUUCGCCCAGCUCAGCCACAUCCACUACAUGACCAACAACCAGACGAUCGCCAGCCCGAUGACGAACCCCCAGAUGCACCACUCGCAGCAGGACAUGCGCCUGCUGGCCAAUGGCGGGGGCAAGACCCUGAACGCCGCCUCCCUGCCCCGCCACCGGAUGCAGGAGAGCACCCUCUCGCACUACAGCCAGCCCCUAGCCCUUGCCAACGGCAUACGCCUCACCCAGGACCACUUCAACCACAACCACGGCCACGGCCACGGCCACGGCCAUGGGCAUGGGCAUGGUCACGGCCACCCGCACAGCCACACCACCCACAAUGGAGGGGGGGUGUACGCCAAGGCCUGCGAUGCGAUGGCCGAGCCGGGGUACAUACACAACAAUUCGCACUACUCUCUGCCCCUCGACCACGAUCUGCCGCCCAGUCCCACGCCCACACCACCACCGCCGGCCCUGCCCCUGCGCAAUGGGGUGGGCAUGGCCCUCAUCCAUGGCAACACAACCGGACGGCGAUCCUUCAACAGCAACAGCAACAGCAACAACAACAACGUGGCCACUCUGUCGAACAACAAUCAUCAUGGAGCAGGCGGUGGAGGAGCAAUCCUGGCAUCCAGCAACAACAACGGCAGUCUGCGUCGCUAUCACUGAUAUACGGGGAAGACGUGCGGCACCCUGGGUCGCACCAUCAAGCCGAAACCGAGUCAGGACAUUGAGCUGUACCAUUUCUACAAGGGCUAGAGCACAGGACACAGCCAGGACACAGCCUGGAGGAGGUCUCUGCGGCGGAAUUUCGGGACGAAUUUUGUGUGUGUUAUUCUACCUACGAUCCUUGGAUCCAUUCUAUGAUCUAAUUUAUCUAAUUGUAUAUUCUUAUGUUACGUGUAUUCAGGCGCAAGCAUUUUGUAUAAAUUAGGAUUUAGUUGAGUGAUUAUUCGGGGGGAAAGGGCAGCGGCAGUGGGAAAAUCCCGUGGAAAAUCCAGGUGUAAAUACAGGAGAGCGCGCACGGUUUGGCAUUCACUGGAAAGCGGCAGGACCCCCUGCCAGCUCUCCCGAAAAUGUCAUUUCAUUUGCAUCCAGUGAUCUUAACUAUUAAGUUCUGCUUAAAUUAAAAAAAAAAACAAAACAAACCUAAAAAAAAAACAACACUCUAAAAUUCGUGUAAAUAAUUAGAAGCCUCUUUCGAAGAAAAUUCAAGAAAAUUUCACAAGAAACGAAAAAUGCAAUUUCACAAAAAAUACUUACAAUUAAUUUACGCGCUUAAGCACCAGUCACUAAAACUAUGUAUGUAUCUAGACUAAACUAUCACCGUAAAAGUAAUCGAAACGGCAUUAAAGGAUACGAAAUGAAGCAGCUAAAAAUAUAUGCAAAAACAAAAA